AUGCCAGCAGCAUCGACUGUCGGCCUGCUUCGCUUCCUUUGCGACCUCUCAUCAAUACAUCUUCCGGAUGAUCCGACUUUUUUGAUGCCAGCCUCGCACACCUUCCGCCGCGGAGCGGCUUUUAGCUGCAUCUCACCUGAUCAAGACCGUUCAUCCACUUUCACCGACUUCGAUAUGCCUACAGAUACCAUCAAGAUACAAAUGUUGUGCCGCGUGGCGCUUCUGUUGCUCGACGACAUAAGUGUGUAUGGGCAUUACUACGCCUGCCUUUUGGCUCUUGAGGAAAUCGGAAGGCGAGUCAGUCUUUUCUGGCCUAUUGCUUUCCAAGUCGCCAUUCAACCAGCAGUAUCCCAAGUCAUUAUCCUCCUCUUCGUUCCCAUGGCGUCCACAACUACAACAGCAUCACCAGCUGCAACUUCGAGCUUCUCGGUCGACAUUGGAAGCGGAAUAUCCAUCAGCACUGCGGAAAUCGUUGGACUCGGAGUAGCAGUCACUGUUGCUAUUAUCAUCUUCGUCAUCGCGCUCCUCGUGCUAUUCUGGGGAUGCAGCUGUAGAAGGAAGAGGAAUCGACGAUCUCUCAUUCUCUACGACGAUGAGAAAGGCACAUACCCUGGUCAUAUUUCCUCUGCAACCACCUCGGAAAUCAGCCAACUACCACCCUCGUACCACCCACCAAGCCGACCGCUUUCGACAGAUGAAUUUGAUGAGAAGCCGCUGCCGCCAUCGUAUGGACUUGAAAAGAGAACCUCGUCGACGGAGAAGGUCAGAAGUAGUAUGCUUGAAAGAGCAUCGAGCUCCCGAUCUGAGGGAGAGUUAGGAGUCAGCAUAUUGAAGUCACAUUUUAACGAGACCACGAAUGUCAUAAGGGAAUGCGAACUUUCCCACCUUUUCGCAGCUUCCUCUUUCCCUACCUUUUCCCUGUCCUCAUGGUCUUGGCGCUCGGUGAGAGCACUUGCAGAUGAUACGAGACAGUUCACCACCUUCAACACGAAAAACACUAACGGAUCUGUGGACGCACGCCACGUGGAUCCCUCUCGAUGCUGGUGGAUCGUCUUCUGCCAAGUUGCAUGGUAUUCAAUGCCAACGGCCGCAAGGGAUCAUAUGAUCAAACUUACUACUGCAUGGAUUGGACAUUCGACUUCUUUUGACAUUGCAAAGAUGGUAGUAACGGCAUGCAGGGAUGAAAUCCCUCGCUGGGAACAGGAAGCAAACCUUUGCAUGUACUCGGAGACCUUCGAUACGGGAGAGAGAAACGACUGGUUUGUCCGGAUUGGUAAGGAAGUCUCAAUGACUGGAAGACCCUGCCAGCUAAGAUGUAUAAUGGAAAUCGGCAGAGACAUCUUCAAAACCAAGCCAGGCAGACUAGGAACACUGAUGAAGCGCUCCAAACAUGGCCUCGGGCGCUGGAAUUUUUAUGGAGCAGUAUAUGGACCUCCUCUGAUCCAAGAAGCUAUGCUCGGAGUCAUCAAGAAUUCAUUCCUCCAAGUUCCUGGUUCGAAGUUUCACUUCCCUCAAGAUGUUCCAAAUAACAUUGUCGCGCAAGUGCGCUAUAACACGCUGCAAAGAAUCCCAUCAAUUAGCGGGCUGACCUGGGUAGACUGGAUAAGAUCUCGAAAACAUGAUCUCGUGGGUCUCCCUAACGGCUCGCAUGGCGAAUUUUCGCCAAUCGCUCCAGUCGCCGGCAAAGACGCUAAGAAGCAAUACGUGACACGUCGCCUCAACAAUAAAUACGGCUUCGAUUUCAUCGGCACUUUCAUCGUCGGGACGAGAUCGAGAAGCUCGCAACGAUGGAUCAUUCUCCUUUCUCGUCGCCCCCCAUCCUCUCCCUCGUGUUGUUGGUGUAGGACCUGUGGGACAGCCUCGGCCCUCGCAUGCUCCGGCUCUGGCAUUCACCGGGCCCUUAUUCAGAUAGAAGGGGAGACUUUUACUCCUUCGGCGUUCAAACUACUGCAGUCUUUCCAAGGGCUCUGCGAAGAUGCCGGCAUGGGACUGAGGUAUGAUGUUACCCUCUCAUUGUCAAAUUUAAGGUCUUGA